AUGACGACGCCACCGCCGCCGCUGCCUGCGCCGCGCGCGGCGCGCAUCGCCCGCCCCAGGCUUCCGCCGGAGCAAGACGCGCUGUUGCAGAGGUUCGCCAAGGAGAACGCCUUCCGGCAAUGGAGCCGGAUCGCCAGGAGCAUGCACCGCCGCCACAAGCUCGCCCGCGACGUAUACCACCGCCCCUUCACUGCCCGUGACGACGACGAGCUCCUGCGCCUCCACCGCCGCCUCGGCGACCGCUGGAAGGAGAUCGGCAGCGCGGUCUCCGGCCGCAGCUCACGCAUCAUGAAGCGCCGCUGCAAGGAGCUCCGUCGUAGCGGCUUCCUCGCUGCCGCCGCAACAGCCGCCAGGAAGGAGCUGCCCGCCGGCGAGGACACCGACGACAUGGUGGAAAGCGUGGAUGAGCCGUUGGAGUCGCCUCGUCGUCUCGCCCUAGCCGACGCUCUUGCCUCGAGCUUCGCGUCUUGCAGCCUUGCCCCGGACCAUCCGAUGGAUCCUCCACUGGCCGGAAGCCUCGAGCUAGGGUUCGCCUGCAUGAAAAUUGGCUAG